AUGCUCGUGGUUGACUCAGCGAAUCGAAUCAAACCAAAGGACGCCCUCAACCAUGAAUUCUUCAGUCAGGGUAUCUCAACUCCGGUUUCGAAACUUUUCAAUGCAAAGCGGCGGUUCCGGGCCGCCUUCAUAGCCGUCAAGUUUAUCUCACUUCUUCGGGAGCUCAAGGCAUGUGGCACUAGUCUCUCGAUCCACAAACUCACCUCCGACCCCCACUGGAUAAAGCGUGGCGAUGAGCAAAACCGGGCUGCCCUCUUUGAGAAUCAACCCCACCAUGAAUUGGUAACCGAGCCCUCAGAUUCCCUCACGCUGGGCCGGGAAGAUACCCUAGAGUACAUGGGCGAUGACUACGAAGGCAGCUACCAGAACGAAGUUUUCAGAGAAAUGGAUGACUACGGUCCCGAGAUCUCCACUCUCUCUUAG